AAAGGGGAGAUAUUUUGGUCCUGAUCCUCUGACUGUAAUGCUGAGAUACUGAACUGAAGAAGCUGUUGCCUAAGCAAGCCCUGGCUUCUCCUGCGAGCGCAGCCCUGUCUGUUUUAAACAUUUAUCAGUUCAGAGCUGAGUAGGCGCAGCACUGUCCUAGCGCUUCUGGCAAACCCCUCGUGGCCUGGGAAAAGUGCGGAAAUAUUUGGCCUCACAAAACUGACUGCAAACCACUGACUUCCGCCAUGAGACUAUGGCUUCUACUCGUUGUGUCGUUUUUCUGCUGCCUAAGCUUCAGUGUUGCCAAAGACCAGAACCGUCCCCUGGCUCGAGGAAGAAGAAGGAGGGGGAAGAAAGUGGUGCGCCAAGGCAAGGCGCCAAUACACAGUGGAUAUAAUGGAGCAUCGCUUUUCAUUGAGUCUUAUAAAAGUGUGCAGGAGCCAAAGCCUAACUACAAUGUUAUUCCAGGGAACACAGGACAGUGUGUGUUUCGGGGCAUCACUAUGUUCGAUAAAACUGUGUGGUCACCAAAGCCCUGCGUCACCUGCCUAUGCUCCAGUGGAGAAGUGGUGUGUGAUGAAAUGCAAUGCCCUCUGCUACACUGCCAACUCAAAUUUAAACCUAUUGGGGAGUGCUGUCCAGUAUGCAUUGACCCAGUUCAAGACGUUUCUGAAAACUCUGGUGAUUCUCCCGUUCCUAACGAUCCGAGUUACGGUACAGUUCCACAAGUCCACGCACACACUGACGAAGGUCCAAGAGGGGAUAAGUACAAGGAAGAAGAGGAGCGCCAUCGUAAGAAAGACACAGAACGCAAAAGGAGAAAGAAGCAAAAGAAAGAAGAGGAAAGACUGAGAAAACAGCUGGAGGAAGAAGAGCAGGCAAAGGAGGAGAAGGCUGCAGCAGAGGAGAAGAAAAGGAGGAUGGAGGAACACCGACGGUUUGAGGAGGAGAGGAUAAGGAAGCUGGAGAUGGAACAGAAGGAGAUGCUGAGGGUUUUUGAGGAAGCGGCAGAGAGAGUCCAGCAUGGAAUGAAAGUGGAGAAUGACGGUGACGAAGAGGAAGAAGAGAUCUGGUUGAGAGGUGAUGUUUUCCAAAUGCCAUCGCAUGAGCCAACCCCUGAAAGCCUUCCACCACUGUCAGCCCCACCUCCUGAGACCAGUCAGGAGGAUGAGGAGGAGGAGGAUGAGGAAGAAGAGGGGGAAGGAAAGAAGGGGGAGAAGGAGAAGGAUGAAGAGUCUCGGAGGAUUACCUACUCACUCCCUAAAGGCUGCACAAUCUCUGAUGUCAUUGUCUCCUGUGAGAAUGCCAAACUUACCAGCAUUCCUGCUCUUUCCAUCCCUGAGCUCAAGUCUCUCAGUCUGGAGGGUAAUGCGAUCACUACCAUUCCAGGUGGUGCGUUCAAUGGCGUACCAAAUUUGGAAUGGAUAGAUUUGGGAAAAAAUAAGAUCUUGUCAUCAGGCAUUGACCCUCAAGCAUUCAAAAGCCUUAAAUUCCUAACCCGGCUAUACCUGGACGGAAAUUUGCUGGAAGAAAUUCCUCGAGGGCUUCCACCUACUCUGCAAGAACUGAAGAUCAAUGAAAACAACCUACAAGGGAUUGAUGAAAACAGCUUUGAAGGUCUGAACAGUUUGGUUACCUUGGAAAUGGAAGCAAAUUCACUGAACGAAGAAAAUGUAAAUCCUCAAGCCUUCAGGCCAACGAAAGAGCUCACCUAUCUACGGAUGGGCAGAAACUUCUUCCGCACUAUUCCUCAAGGUCUACCACCAUAUUUGCAGGAGUUACACCUUGAACACAAUCUAAUUGAGGAAAUAUCUGAAGGAGCUUUCAAUGAAACUAAAAACCUAAAUGUCGUUGUGCUGAGAGACAAUAAAAUAGAUGAAUCACGCAUUGCCCCUUUAGCCUGGAUUGAUCACAGGAACCUGGAAUCGAUUGAUCUGUCAUACAACAAACUCCACUUGGUCCCAUCGUUCCUGCCAAAGUCUUUGGUUCACCUGGGAUUGGUUGGCAAUCAGAUUGAACGCAUCCCAGGAUACGUAUUUGCACAUUUGGAGCCUGGUCUGGAGUACCUGUACCUAUCGUACAACAAGCUCGAUGGUGAUGGUGUGGAACCAGAGUCUUUCUUUGGAACGCUGAAAACCAUGACAGAGCUUUGUCUAGACCACAACCAACUGACCAGUGUCCCUUCUGGUGUUAGUGAGAUGACAUCAAUACAUUUCCUCAGACUAAACAACAACAACAUAAGGCACAUCGGAGAGGACGAUAUCUGCGACCCACUGAAUGAGGAGGAUUCGCACAUUGUAGCCCUGCGCCUCGAGAACAACCUCCUCGACCCACGGAAAAUCCCUCCAGCAGCGUUCUCUUGUGUUAGGUCUUAUUCCAGUGUCGUUUUGAAGCCUCAAAGGAUUAAAUAACAGCCUAUUAAGUAUGCUCAUUUUACUCUCAGUCAUUUAACUUCUUCCAAACGUUUCAUAAUGUAUAAUAUUCUGCAUUGAGAUCACUGUCAAAUGUACUAAUCGCAUUAUGACAGAAGACUUUAUUCACUGGCUCUGAGAAAUGAGUCAGUUGCUUACUGGUCGGUGGAACAGUCAGCAGAUGUCUGCGGUUGUUGGCACCUAUUUAAACUGUCUUUCUGUGCGUCCUAAAGGGACACGUUUAACUUUCCAAUGCGCCAGUCAGGGAAAAAUGACAGAACAGAAAAACCCAGGCCUUUAGUGCAUGUUGGGAUAUGAUUCUGUACACAUCAGUAUUCUGUUUCAGGUUGAAUUUGUCAUAUUGCAGCUACUAUAAAAGAAAGUGUGGCUUCUCAAAAAUUAACUAUGUAAUAGCUUAUACAAUCGUUCUACCAUGAAUGUGUUUUACAUAACUCCACUAAAAAGGCCAACAGAUGGUUACUACUGACUUAAAAUUUUUAUAUGUUGAUUUAUUUUCACAGUAUUCAUAAAAUAGCUCCACACUACAGGGGCACUUAUUUCAAAAGCAAAUGUUUGAUUUUUAACAAAGUCACUGAUUUCUACUGACCACUACACUUGGCUGGCUCAGAAUUAAGUGGAAUAUUCAUAUUUAAUAUGGUGUUUAAUAAAAUGCAUAAAACAACCCUCUAAGCAUCUUUCAUUUUUACACUUGAUUAAAGUGGAAUUUCACAAAUUUUUCAAAACUGCUGCAUAAUUCAGUGGCUGAGAUGUAAAGUCAUUCAGAGUGGUUUGAUGUGAAAUGGUUCACUGCAGACAACAGUGGUGGUGAUAGGAACCAGGGGUCAUGAUGUCUACAACACAAACAUGGUCAUUAUAUUUACUAACCAACCGUGAACCUAUGGGAGUUUUGUGUCAAAAUAUAAAAUAGUGGAAAAAUAAACGUAAACAAAAAAUGUAUUCUGUUUUGCCUCACAAUGAACAAAUGUAUUUUCAAAAUAUGUUAUGAGCCAAAACCAUCUCCUAACUAUCAACACAGUCUCAGACAUCAGGCAGUGAAUUCAUGAGUAUCUUAUGUUAUAGUUUACUGUGAUGUAACUUUCAGAAGCAUUAAACUCUUCAGAUGUCUGGUUCCUAUCAUCACCACUGUGAACAAAUCUGAACACAGAGAAUGGAAUUUCACACUAAACCAAAACUGAAAAUAACUUUGUUGUACAUCUUAACCAUUUAAUUACACAAAAACAAUGAAAAAUCACUGAAAUUCAUCUUUAAAUAACUGCUACUGGACAUACAUUCAUCAUUUUGGAUGUCUGCAUGUUCCGAUUUCAGGAUUAUGUGAAACAGUAGAUGCAAAAGUACUGUGAUAAACAUCAGCUGCAAUUUAGUCAAUAUAUUUAAAAACAUGGAAUGUUUUUAAGUACAAAUGCACUCUAUGGCUAGAUUUGUCAAGAAUAAUGAGUCCAUAUGGUUCAUGUAUGUACUGUCCUCCUGUUUCCAAGCAACUCAAGGUAACACAGCUGCAUUGGAGAUUCUCUAAAUCUUAUUCACUUUCUAACUAAAGGCUCUUGGGAAUCCAUAUGUAAUGAUUUGUCUCUACUAACAAAGAUUAUCAGAACUGUCAGGCCAUGUUUUUUGUGGUUCUUUAUGGAUGUGAAAGCUGCACAAUAAAAGAGAGAGACAGGAACGAUA